CAGGAACUGUCGCUAGCCCAUCUGUUAGCCUGACUGUUGCCCUUGGAGGAAGCCAGUCAUGGGGGAAACAGGCAAAGAAGAGUACAAAAUACAGUCGUUCGAUACCGAGACUCAGAAGCUGCUGAAAACAGCCCUCAAAGACCCCAGCAACGUGGACCUGGAGAAAGUGGCCAAUAUUAUAGUGGACCAGUCCCUCAAAGACUGCGUGUUCAGCAAGGAGGCGGGACGCAUCUGCUACACCAUCAUCCAGGCAGAGAGCAAACAAGUUGGCCAGAGCAUCUUCCGGAGGAGCCUGCUGAACCGGCUGCAGCAGGAGUACAAGGACAGGGAGGAGCUGCGCACCCGCUCACUCCAGGCAUGGAUCUGCUACGUCACCUUCAUCUGCAACAUCUUCGACUACCUGAGGGUGAACAACAUGCCCAUGAUGGCUCUGGUGAACCCCGUUUACGACUGUCUGUUCCGGCUGGCACAGCCCGACAGCCUGCAGAAGGAGGAAGAGGUGGACUGCUUGGUCCUGCAGCUCCAUCGCAUCGGCGAGCAGCUGGAGAAGAUGAACUCCCAGCGGAUGGAUGAGCUCUUCUCCCUCCUCCGAGACGGCUUCCUUCUGCAGGAGGGGCUCAGCUCCCUGUCCCAGCUCCUGCUGCUGGAGAUCAUCGAGUUUCGGGCUGCCGACUGGAAGAUGACGGACGCUGCCCAGAAAUAUUAUUACAGUGAAGUGGCGGAUUAACCUCUCUACAGCAGAGGUGGAGAGAUGUCCCCAGCACUUUCACCAGCAAGCUUCAUACCAAGUUUGAAUUUCUUUUCAUGUUAAUGUUUUUCUAGCACUUCCUGUAAAUAGGAUUUCUACUGGCUAGAGCCCCUGGGCACGUACCUGUGCCUGUCGGGUUGCAACUGGUUCUAGCCUGAGGUCUGGAGAGGUAGGAAGGACACAUUUAACCC